GGUUAUCUGAAGAACCUGAUGGGGAAGUGAUGGAGUCCAUGUUGUGUCUCACGUAGAUGUAAAUAAAUCAGAUAAAUAAGAUACAUCUGAUUUUGUUGGUGCUCGAGAGAAGCUGCUGUUUGAAACCAGCAUCAUGUUGGCCAGGAAGGGCCUCCUGCCAGACGGUUUCCUGCUGACCCGUCUGGCGGAGGACCAGAACCAGCCAAACCGCAGCCGCUCCAGAUCUCAGAGAGCUCGCUUCAUCACCAAGACUGGAUCCUGCAACGUGGCCCACAAGAACAUCAGGGAGCAGGGUCGCUUCCUGCAGGAUGUUUUCACCACCAUGGUGGACCUGAAGUGGCAGCACUCCCUCCUCAUCUUCACCUCGGCCUUCCUCUGCUCCUGGAUGCUGUUCGCUAUGAUCUGGUGGCUUGUUGCCUUCGCUCACGGAGACCUGGAGCCCCAUGAUCCAGAUGGCGAGCCGCGCCCCAUCCCCUGCGUCACCGCCAUCCACUCUUUCACCUCAGCUUUCCUCUUCUCCAUUGAGGUCCAGGUGACCAUCGGUUUUGGAGGCAGGAUGGUGACGGAGGAGUGUCCUCUGGCCAUCACUGUGUUGAUCAUCCAGAAUAUUCUGGGGCUGAUCAUCAAUGCCGUGAUGCUCGGCUGCGUGUUCAUGAAGACAGCGCAGGCCAACCGCCGAGCAGAGACACUCAUUUUCUCAAGAAACGCCGUCAUUGCUCCUCGAAACGGUCGACCGACUUUCAUGUUCAGAGUGGGAGACCUGAGGAAGAGUAUGAUCAUCUCUGCCACCAUACAGCUGCAGGUAAUCCGGCGGACGGUGACGGCAGAAGGCGAGGUGAUCCCGGUGUGCCAGCUGGACAUCCAGGUGGAGAACCCUCUGAGGAGUAACGGCAUUUUCCUGGUUUCUCCUCUGAUCAUCAGCCACACCAUGGAGAGAGGAAGUCCUCUGUACGAGCUCUCCGCCCAGUCGCUGGCCUCUGAAGACCUGGAGAUCAUUGUAAUCCUGGAAGGUGUGGUGGAGACAACGGGAAUCACCAUGCAGGCCCGGACCUCCUACACUCCUGAGGAGAUCCUGUGGGGGAGGCGCUUCGUCUCCAUCAUCACAGAAGAGGACGGACGCUACUGCGUUGACUACUCAAAGUUCGGCAACACGGUCCCCGUCAGGAUGGCGUCCCUCAGUGCCAAGGAGCUGGACCAGACCAGGGGCGUCCAGGAAGGCAGCUCCGACCCCGUCAACCCACAGGGCUGGGGGCUGGUGCGAGCCGGCAGAGGGGGCUUCCGUAGAGGAGGGCGCACCUGUGACAGCGCCGCCGCCCCUCAGCCCUGGUACACCCAAUCAGAGAAGCCAGAGAAAGAGGUGGAGCAGAGAGGGGAAAAGAAGAAGGUGCAGCUGGAGGUGAUUGGACGACAGACAGAAGAGGACGCACUGGGAGAGAUGAGCGACUGAGAACCAGUAAAGUGACAGCAUGCCAGCAACAAAAACACAUGGUAGGUUUAGGCAACAAAAACACAUGAUAGGUUUAGGCAACAAAAACAAGUGGUUAUGUUUAUGCAACAAAAACGUGGUUGGGUUUAGGCAACAAAAACAAGUGGUUAUGUUUAUGCAACAAAAACAUGUGGUUGGGUUUAGGCAACAAAAACGUGGUUGGCUUUAGGCAACAAAAAAGUAGUUGGGUUUAGGCAACAAAAACAUGUGGUUGGGUUUAGGCAACAAAAAAGUAGUUGGCUUUAGGCAACAAAAACGUGGUUGGGUUUAGGCAACAAAAACGUGGUUGAGUUUAGGCAACAAAAACACGUGGUUAGGUUUAGGCAACAAAAACGUGGUUGAGUUUAGGCAACAAAAACGUGGUUGAGUUUAGGCAACAAAAACGUGGUUGGGUUUAGGCAACAAAAACGUGGUUGAGUUUAGGCAACAAAAACAUGUGGUUAGGUUUAGGCAACAAAAACGUGGCUGAGUUUAGGCAACAAAAACACGUGGUUAGGUUUAGGCAACAAAAAUGUGGUUGAGUUUAGGCAACAAAAACACGUGGUUAGGUUUUGGAGAAAAGAACACGUGGUUGGGUUUAGGCAACAAAAGUUUGUGGUUAGGUUUAGGAUACAAAAAAACUUGGUUAGGUUUAGGCCCGUCCACCACCCCUCCCGCCUGCUCCCGACUUUCCCUACCUUAACUUUCGUCUUUGUCCCACCACAUAGCCCCCUGAUGCCGCCAGGUGCCAUUAAACUAUAACGGCAACUGGCCGCAUAUCAUGCCAACAUUAAAGGAUGCCUUUUUUUGUUGGUUUCUGACACCACAAGUCACUGCCUAAGUGCUGGAUUUAGACGACUUCGGACCUCUAUAUUCUGUGUCUUCAGCCCCAUUCAGACUGGACUUAUGUCCCCAAAUGUACCUUUCCUUUCAGGUGUUCCCACAACAUUUACUACUGAGUAAAGUGAAACACCAGCAGCACACUGCUAACUCUCAGUGAGAGGACCAACUGGAUGUCACACCCUCAGCACACUCACAAGGUGCAAUGAGAUUCAGAACGAGAUGGAAAUUGCACAACACAUGCCACUUUAGAAGGUCACUGCCUGUUCAACUUAACUCAGAAUGUUUUUCCAAGGAUGGAAAAUGUAUUUAUUUUUGUUCCUGGAGCAAUUUUACUGUUUGUUUUGAUGUUUUCAAGCUGUGAUCUGAUCCUCCAUUUUCUUUGUAUAUUUAAUUGUUUGGACUAAACAGUAAAAACAGCAACAUCACAUCACAUACACCCCAAUGUUUAUAUAUUAUAUAUUAUAUUGUAUAUGUCACAUUAAAAACGCAUGUGUUUAUAUAUUUCAUGUACUGUAAUAAUCUUUAUUUAUAAAGCACUUUUAAAAACAGUUACAGAGUUAUGUUUUAGAUAGAUUUCAAGAUUUUUCUGAUUUCUUUUAAGGCUCUUCAUGGUCUCUCUCCGAGCUGUAUCUCUGACCUCUACGCCUGGACAUACUUUGAGGUCCUCAGGCAGAGGUCUUUUGUAUGUUUCAGAGGUCGCUGAAAACUAAAGGAGACAGAACAUUUGCUGUUAGGGCCCCGAGGCUCUGAACAAUCUGCCCGAGGAAAUCAAAUUUCUAUCAGAGAGCCUCUCCUGAUUUUACUUGAGUUUUAAGUUAAUUUCUCUGUCUUUUGUUUCUUCAGCUUUUAUAUACUUAAGCGUUUUCAUCAGGUCUUUUAAAAGGUGUUGUUUUCAUGUCUUGCCUGUUUUAUUUAUUGACAUAUAAAGCAGUUUGUAACUCUGUUUUGUAAAGUGCUUUAUAAAUAAAGAUCAUCAUUAUUAUUAUUAUUAUUGUAAGUCAUGUAAAGCCUGGUAUAAGAUAAUAUGUUUUAAAGCCAUAUUAAGGCCUGUACUGGUUUUAAAUCCUGUAGCUUGUGAUAUUCAUUGUGACACUUCUGAUAUUGUUUUUUUUAGUUUAAAUAUGAGGAAAAUACUACUUGAAUUUAUUAAAUGUCUC